AUGGAUGAUGGGAAAGUUCAACAACUACAAGAAAUGGGAUUCAGCAAAUAUGAUUCCGAAAAUGCAUUGAAGCAAGCAAAUUAUAAUCUUGAAAAUGCAAUAAAUUAUCUAUUUGAGGGAACACUAGCAAAUGAAAACCAUAGACCAGAACCAUUACUUAAUGACAACUAUAACAGCGAUACCGUACAAAUACUGAACCCUCAAGAUAUACCACAUAUUCAUCAAUUGACGACUUACGAAUCAAAUAAUAAUGAUAACAACUGGGGUGAACCAAUUCUUGAAGAAGUUACAUUUUUCAAUGAUCCAAGAGAAUUUGAAAGAAAUAAAUCUAUACCUCCAGCGGUCGUUUCAGUCUCGCAAAAUGGUGGAUGUGUAAGUGCCUUGUUUGUAGUUCUAAGUCAAAUUAGUUAUUUGAAAAAAUUAAUCCUUAGCCAAAAUUUACAACAAGAUUUCACAGAAGAUUGGUACAAUAGUGGUCAACAAAUUACUGAAGAAGGAGGUUUAACUCAAAUUCAAAGAAUUUUUGCAUUUUUCACAAAGUUAAGUGAACGAUCCUUCAUAAGUGCAGAAGGUUUAUGUAAUGCAUUACCCGAGGAAUUGAUAAAUUUACAAGGUGAUAGUUGGGAGGAAUCAUGGAAUCUCGUAGCGGAUUAUUUGAUGCAAGAAGUUAACAAGGAGUUAGAUCAAGAUAUAAGAAGGUUUUUCCUUUCAAAAUUCAGAAUCGACGAGGAUGAUGUAAGAUAUAUGAAAGCUAUUGGGAUUGAAUUUGCAAGUAGAGAUCAUUCAAUUACUGAAACAUUAAAUGAUGUACUAAGUAAAGCAGAAGGGAUGUAUGAGAUAAUGUCACCUAUGUUUGCAAUAGAAUUCCAAGGUACUGAAUAUCCUGAAAGUGCUCGAUCGUUCACUAUUGAAGAAUAUAUAUAUCCAGAACUUUAUUCUUCUAAAUAUCGUCAAUUUAUAGAUGAAAUGGAUUUAACAAAAGUCAAAAGUGCAGAAGAAAGAAAAUUAACAACAUCAAGAAUGAUGUCGUUAACCUCAUUUGAAGGUAAGAAAAUAAGAAGCAUCCUCGAAAAUACAAAAAAUCAUUUACUGAAAAUAGAUAAAGAAAGUUCUGAUGAUAUUUCAAGACUAACAGAAAACAUAGAAACUGAAUAUGCGCAAUUGGGUGAGACUUUACAUAGAGCUAGUGAUAUUUAUGCCAAAUACGACUCAUCUAAUCCCCAAAACAUUUUAAAGUUAAUUGAAGAAGAUGAAACUUUAGAAUCACCAUCAAAAUAUGUAUUAAUUGCAGUAAUGCUAUCUGAAUCACAAUAUUUAUACAGAACUUGUGAAAGUAAUUCAAAUGGACCAAUAUGGAGUGUAUAUGCUAAAAUGGCAAAUGAAUUUAGAACUGAAUAUUUUACUUUUGAAGAUGUGGUAAAUUAUGUUACAGAAGAAUUAAAUCAAACUUCAAAGAAUGUUCUAUUUGUUUAUGCAGACGAAAAAGUUUUAGAAAAUGAAGAAAUUGAAUAUUCGUCUAACUUGGUCGAAUUUUUCAAAAAAGAUAAUGAAUUAAUUAAAGAUCAAAUUGAGGGAUAUGAGGCUGAAGAUAUAAAUAUUGAUGAAAAUGAUAAUGAUAAAGUAAAUGUUUUUGGUGAUUUCAAUGAUGAUAUAAUUGAAACUGAAAAAUUAAUAGAAAAUGACUCAAGUUCAGAUUUAGAAUUAAUCGAUCUCAAGUAG